UACUGUCCAGAAGCUGGCUUUGGAAGUAGGUUGAAUGCACGUGGGUGGAUGUUUACUGUAGUUAAUGUUGCUUCCUGCUUGGUCGACGUCAAACCCGUUCUUAUGUGAUGGUUGUUUAUUGCAAUCGUGUACUUUGCUUAAUGUCAUCGUAAAUACUUUGCGGGCAGAGGUAAAGAAUACGUACACCAUCCGUUUUCGGCAUAACAAAAAACCCUAACCACUGGGUAUACGUGUUCUUUACUUUCGCCUACUUUGCUUACGUCGCUUAAUUGAUACUAUGCGAUGUUAUUAAAAUAAGGAUCGUUUUAGAGAUGAUGAUAACAUCUCCAGAAUAACGUUGCAUUUGGAUUUGAGAACUUUUAUUGAAUACUACUGUUCUGGACUUUUGAAAAUGUCUUUCACUGAUGACUGGUUUGAAGAAAACAUUCUGAUUAAAUGGAAUAAUAUCUUGGAAAAACAAGAAUACAUUGAGUUUCUGUUGCAGAAAAUUUCUCUGAAGAAUCCUGGGGACAAGCCAUCAGCUUCUACAAGUAUUUAUAAAGAAGUUUUAAGCAAUCUAGAUGGAUGUUACAAUUGCCUUGUUGCUGUUAUUAAGGUUUUGAAAUAUUCAGUUGAUGCUUCUAAAACAAAAGAUGAGGGAAGUACAGAUAACAAAAAUGAACACCACACAAGUCUUUCUGAAAGUGAUCCGUCCAUUGAUUUAAUUUCCCAGACUUCUGCUCAGCUUACUAAUGAGAGUGCAUCUGAAUAUAAGCCUCAGUCACAGUGUGAACCUCAAUCUAAGCCUUCUGACUUAUUACAAAAACUGGACCUUGUCUCUGUGGAGUGUCCUACCAAAUCUGAUACCUUGACUAAUUCAAUUAAAAAGGUAGCCCCUUCAUUGCAUUGUGGAAACUCCUUCAAAGAAGAAAACUAUGGAUUAGGACCAGACUUGAAAGAACUGACACUUUCCUCUACAGUGAAAGUGUCAGUUUGUAUUGUUAUGUCACCUUAUUGUUUCUGGGUGCAACUUACAGAUACUGCUGAAAGCAACCUGAUACAGUUAGCAAAGGAUAUAAGUGAACACAUAUCAUCAGAAAAUUGUCGAAGGAUCAGACAACCCUUUGUUGGAAUGAAAUGCUUGGCACCAUAUAAUGAUGGAUGUUUUUACAGAGCUAAAAUUGUAAAUAUUUGUAAACCCAAUAAAGAAGAUCCCUGUAAGCUGACCAAAGUAAACGUUCUCUAUGUCGACUAUGGCAACACUGAAGUUGUUUCAAGUGGAAGUCUACAAGAAAUACCCUACUCUCUAAGUCAACUGCCAUGUCAAGCAAUCUGUUGUUCCUUAGCAAAUAUUGCUCCCGUUGAUAUCAAGAAUGAUUGGUCAAUAAAUAUCUCUGACAUUUUCCAGAAAUUAGUGUCUUAUUCAGUUCUGUUGUGUAUUCCCAAAAUUUCCUGUACAGAUGGUUUCCCACAUUUAGUCCAUUUGUAUCCAAUUGAUUUCCCCAGUGCUUCCGCUUUGCAGCUCUACAGCAUCAGUUUACAGCUUAUCUCUAAAAAUUGUGCUGUAUACAUCCCUAUUUCUGAGCAAAUUAAUUUAAUAUGUAACAUUCUGAAAACCUGGGUUCUAUUCAAUCAACAGCCAGUAUUAGAUUCCACUGAGGAGGACAGUAUUUCUGUGACUUCUUACAGGAAUGAUGAUAUCACAAAAAGACAAUAUUAUGAUGGAAACAUAAACCAACAGAUUAGAUCUGCAUUUACAAAACGAAUGGAGUGUUCUACAAUUUAUGAAGAGCCUUGUGAGGAUUUUGAAGAAGAGAACUGUUUAAAUGUUAAUGUUGCUGAUCAGUGUGAACAUUCCACUUCUCAAACAAGUCCUGAAAAAUUGAAUUAUCAAAUAAGUUCUGAAAUGUCUAAUUGUCAAACAAAACCCAAAAUAUGCAAUUCUCAGACAAGUCCUGAAAAAUCUCUGUCUGAAUCAUCAACACUUCCAUGCACUAAUGUAACAACUGAUAAUAAAGAAGGUACAUUAGAAAGUUGUUCUAGUGAACCUUUACCAAAACAAUUUCAAACCACUGAUACAUCUAUCAAAAAAUACAACACAUCCAACUCAGAAACUGAGAAAAUACAUGAAGUUGUAUUUUCAUAUGUUUCAACUCCUUCUGAUUUCUAUGUUUAUGUAAUAAACUCUGCAACUAUUGAGAGGCUUGCAGAUCUUGUCCAAAGUCUUAAUGAAAAGUUCUUGAGACUAAAACCAACUGAACUCUUAGAACUCUCUGAAACCUUGAAAAUUGAGAUCAAUUCUUUAUGCUGUUGUUAUGACAAAACUGACCAAUCUUACCAUCGAGGUAUUAUUAUUGACUUCAAAUCUGCUCAGAAACCAAAUAAAAUGUCUGUUAAAGUUUUCUACAUCGACUAUGGAUAUAUUGCCUGGAUUUCAAGAAAGCACAUUUACCCCAUGAAUAUAGCUUAUAAAAAGUUUCCUGCAUUAGCUGUGCAUUGUACAUUGGCUAGAAUAUGUCCUGUUGGUCAAAAGCCACACCCUAGUGAUACAUACAUCUGGCCAGAAAAGGCCAAGAAAGCAUUUAAGAAAAAUAUCAACUUCAAAGAUUCUUAUGUCAUGAAGAUUGUAUCUGGAAAUCUGCCAUCAACAUCAUUUAGUUUUCAACAAUAUCUGAGUCCACCAUUACAAGUUUUAAUUGCAACGUUGAGUGAUAAGAAAACAGAAAGUGUCCAGAAUGCAGAAAUCUGUAUCAACUAUGAAUUGGUUCGAUUGAACCAUGCAACACUUACAGAGAAGUCUGCAGAACUGGAACUGCUCAACUGGGAUCCAAUGUCUGUAGAUUACGCCUCACUGCGGAAUCGGUAUGAAAUUAACACUGAUGAUGCUCAGAUUGCCACACAAGGAUUCAUGGUUAAUGAUGAAAAAACAAUCUGCAAGUUUUACAGAGACGGUCAAAAAUGUAAACUUGGAUCAAAAUGUCCAUAUAAACACAUAAGAGUACCAGAUGAUUGCCUCACAGUUGACAAAAGAGAAGUUGUUUGCAAAGAUGAUAGUUGUUCUGAAUUUGAACUACCAUUGGUUGGUUCUCUAGUUGGGGUAGAAGUUAGCGCUAUCAUAAAUCCUGCUCACUUUUAUUUGAUUUUACCUUGGGGCAAGGAUGCUAUCAAAGACCUGCAUGACAUGCCAGAUUACCAAAACAAAGAGGAAACUUUAGCAGACUUGCAGAAAGAUUUACAAGACUUUUAUAAGUUGUCUUUUCCCAAAGCUGAAGAGAAUCUGUUUUGGGGAAUUGGUGAGUUAGUUGCAGCCCAAGCUGUCGUUGAUCAAGAUUGGUACAGAGCACGCAUUUGUGAAGUAAAUGAUGUUAUAAACGAGGUCAAGGUAUUCUUCAUUGAUUUUGGAAAUGUUCAGUGGAUUCCAGAGAGUAACAUACAGUCACUGGCCCCUCAGUUUACACAUCUUCCACACCAGUCUGUGGAAUGUUGUCUUAAUGGAAUAGUUUCAGCCUCUGAUAAUGGUUUAUGGACCCAAGAAGCCAAGGAUUAUUUUCUGGAAUUGGUUGAUGAUAAAGUAUUAGUUGCAUCUAUAAAAGCCAUAAUGUGCAGGCGCAUGUAUAUUGACCUUUAUGACACAUAUCAGAUACCAGAGAAGAACAUUGCUGAUGAAUUAAUUCAUGCUGGAGUUGCAAAGAGGAAUCUGUCAGCAGAUGAAAAUUUAUCAACAGCUUCUAAUUUAACUAUAUCCAAGAACUACAUACCUGGAUAGAACUGUGACCUCACCAAUAACUUUGUAUAUUAAAAUUAUGCUUUAUUUUCGAUAAUUCAACUCCAGCUGGUUUAUUUUUUAUAACUUCACAUACCUGACUUACAGACAAUAUAUAUUUCAAAUAGAACACCAAAGCAAACUCUUGUGCUCUGUAAAAUGACGAUUAUACAUUUCUUUGUAGAUCUGUUUCUCUUUUAUAUUGUAAAGAAUUAAUGGUUGUAUCUACUUCUUUAAUGAAGUUGGUAUCUUCAUAACAUCUAGUCAAUACCUACUUCAUUGAUAGACUUCUGUAACGUCUAGUCAGUGUUUACUUCUUAACACAGCUAAUGGUACUAUGACCUGUUUACUGUACUUUAUUCCUCCAAGUAACUAUUGACCUCUUCACAUCUUGCUGAUAUGUUACAACUUCAAUAGAACAACUGAUUCUGUGAUAUCCAGUGAGUACUUAAGACCUUGAUAAACAAGUGGAUUAUCUACUGAGUACUUAGUUUCUUCAUAAAACCAGUGGAGACAUGCAUAAGCAAUACAUUUUGAUGAAUUUUAAACUUACUAUUUCCAUUGUCUCUUUCUUUUCAUUCAUUUCUUGAUCUUUUCUCAUUUUUGUAAUUAAAAUAUUUCAUAUGUUGUUAAAUUUUC